GUUUGGCAGAGUGGCAUGCUCCCAAAGCUGGGCUUUUUCUAUGGAUUAAAGUUAAGGGAAUCUCAGACACACGACGACUGAUUGAAGAAAAGGCUAUUGAAAAAGAGGUCUUAUUGGUUCCUGGAAAUGGUUUUUUCAUCGACAGCUCAGCCCCCACCUCCUUCUUCAGAGCAGCCUUCUCUCUGGUUACUCCAGAGCAGAUGGACUUAGCCUUCCAGAGAUUGGCCCAACUCAUAAAGGAAUCAUUAUGAAGAAAUCAAACUAAGCAUUAUACUCAUAAUUUUUAAAGAUAUUAUUUCUGUAUUUUCCUGAAGAAAUGCUUGCUGCUGUUUGACUGACAGAAUGGAUUACGCUCAUGAAACAUGUUACAUUUGUAUGUCUGUAGCAAUUUAACAGAACAAAUAUCAAGUGCCUCUAAGUCCACCAU